UUUGAAACGUUGAUUGUCAGCAAAAUUGAUCAAACAAAAUAAAAUUGGACUAACACCUAAAAAGGCUUUUGAGCCACUACCAUCUAGAACGUAAUUGACUGUAAACAGAAAAAAGAAUCAAGCAAACCCUGGAAAUGGAGCUGUUAACAUGGCAGCUUGCGGCCUUGCUUGCUCUACUCGUACUUCUUCUGAUUACUCCCUUCUACUCUCUAAUAAGCAGAGGCAAUAAAAGAAUUCUCGCCAAAAACUUACCUCCACUUGCAGCCGGAGGAUGGCCUGUAAUCGGCCACCUGCGUUUGCUUUCCGGGCCCGAGCUACCUCACAUCAUCCUGUCAGACAUGGCAGACAAAUACGGUCCGAUUUUUCGCAUUCGAUUGGGAGUGCACACCGCGAUGGUCGUGAGCAGUUGGGAAAUAGCAAAAGAAUGCUUCACCACCAACGAUAUGAUCUUCUGCGAUCGGCCCAAAACUUCAGCGACGCAGCAUAUGAGCUACGAUUACGCCAUGUCCGCGCUCGGGAAAUACGGCCCAUACUGGCGGGAGCUUCGCAAGAUUUCCGUUCAGAAGCUGCUGUCCAACAGCAAGAUUGAAGCGCUUGGACAUUUAUACGUAGCAGAAAUCAGGGCCCUGAUGAGAUCCUUGUAUAAUUCAUGCGUCAAUAACGGCGACGGGAAGCCGCCAACGCCGUUGGAGAUAAGGAAAUCCUUCGGGGACCUAAGCUUGAAAGUGAUGGUGAGAAUAGUUGCGGGGAAUGUCGUAGGGAGUGAGAACAAGGGUUCGGGAGAGAUUAAUGAGAAAUGGCGUGAGACGACAAGGGAGUUCCUGAGGGCGAUGGGGGUUCUGACUGUUCCUGAUGUGCUCCCGUAUUUGAAGUGGUUGGAUUGGUUGGGAGGAAUAAGCAGGCCGUUUAAGAAGACGGGGAAAGACUUUGAUAGUUUACUACAAGGAUGGCUGGAACAGCACAAGAAACACAGGACAACUUCUGACGGAGAUGAAUGCUUCAUGGCGGAGAUGAUGCGUGUUGCUGAUGAGGUUGCUGGGAAGUUCCCUCAGUAUGAUGCUGAUACCAUAACCAAAGCUACUUGCCAGACAAUGAUGUUAGGAGGAAGCGAUACAACGACCGUAACUCUCACAUGGGCUUUGUGUUUACUACUCAACAAUCAGCACACCCUCAGAAGGGCUCAAGAAGAAUUAGACAAACACAUCGGCAAAGAAAGACUAGUGGAAGAAUCAGACAUUGAAAAACUACCCUACAUUCAAGCCAUAAUCAAGGAAACAUUGCGUAUCCAGCCACCGGCGCCGCUAAUGCCACCGCGAGAGUCGGUCAAGGACUGCACGGUGGCAGGGUACCACAUCCCAACUAGCACACGUCUUAUGCUGAAUAUAUGGAAACUCCAACGUGACCCCCGAGUUUGGGCUGAUCCAUCGAAAUUUCGGCCUGAAAGGUUUCUAGACGAACAUAAAGAGGUCGAUGUUCAAGGAAAGCACUUUGAAUUGCUGCCUUUUGGUGGCGGUAGAAGGAUCUGUCCUGGAAUUUCUUUCGCCCUCCGAUUCACGAAGCUUACACUUGCUAGUGUCUUACAUGGAUUUGAGAUUGAAAAGUUUUUAGACGAGGAGAUCAACAUGACGGGUACUUUUGGUUCUACUAAUCUGAAAGCCACUCCACUCGAAGUCUUCCUCAAGCCAAGAUUGUCUUCUAAUCUUUAUGCUUGACCAUUUUAAGAAAAUGAUGUUUACUUAAUGUAAUUGGGUAACUUUUACUUUUUCUUCGUGUGGUAUCCUUAAUUUUGGACAGUAUAUCCGAUCAGUACUUUCUGUAAUAAGACAUGUAAUAUAGACCGAAAGAACUAGUUGAUGUAUGUACAAUGUAUCAAUGUUUUCUAUGGAUAAUUAUUACUAUCGUGUACAGUCAGUCAAGGACUGCACAGUGGUCGGGCACCACAUCCCGGUAGGCACACGUCGUAUGGUGAA